AUGGAUGGGGUCCGUAAUGCAGCACAUCCUAAGGCAACUGCAGACCCUGACAUCCAAGCCCAGCUGGAUCUAUUAACCCAACUGGGGGUUCGAGAUGACGCCAGGUGCAAGAUCUUCCCAGCCACCCUAUCAGAAACUGCCCAGCGAUGGUUCUUCAAGCUACAGCCAGGAUCAAUCACGUCAUGGGACAAUUUUGUCCACAUAUUCUAUUCUCAGUUCUCCUCAGCAAUGCCCCUCCCAGCCGAGCCAAAUGAUUUGGUGGACAUCAAUCAAAGGGACAAUGAGCCUCUAAAAGAUUACAUCCAGUGUUUCAUGCAAGAAGCCACCAAGGUAAAGUCCCUUAGUGAUGAUGGUAAUUUGAUAGACAUCAAUUCAGGAGUCAAGGUAAAAAGUUUAUUCUGGAGUAGCUUGAAGAGGAAGUCAGCGCAUACCACUCAAGAAUUUCUCAACAUAGCAGAAGAAUUUAUCAAGUUAGAAGAAGCUGAACGGAAGGUGAAUAAUCCUACCCAGGCAGUUUUCGAGAAAGAGAAAACAAGUGUUGGGAACAACACCAACCCUGUAGAAGGAAGUAAAAAUGGAGGAAAGAACGGCAAACGCAGUAAAGGGGCUGGAAGCAGUGGUAACCAGAAUGACAAUAAAAAGCCUAAGACUAGUGAGCAUCCGAACCCACGAGAAUACGUGCCCAAGUUUACUACUUACACCAUCCUGUUGGAGUCCCGAGCAGAUGUUUUCAAUGCUACACAGGUCGUCGUACCAUACAAAAGACCUCCACCAAUAAGGAAGGAUGUUAAUAGACGGGAUAUGACCAAGUUCUAUCAGUUUCACAAUGACUACGGUCAUGAAACCAAUGAAUGUAACCACUUGAAGGAGGAGAUAGAGUUCCUCAUUAGAAAAAACAAUGCUCAUCUGAAGAGCAUGGCCCCCACAGGAAGCAUAAGGUUGCCUUUAACAGUAGGGACGGCACCUAAGAGCAACACGGUAAUGGCUUUGUUCGUAGUGAUUGACAUUCCUUCUCUGUACAAUGCCAUGAUAGGGCGGGCGACCCUGUAUGACCUCUGA